AUGGCUCGUUUCUUCUUCUUUGUGGUGGUUCUUCUUGUAUGUGUUACAUCUUGUUAUUCAGUUAAGUUUGUAGAUAUCAAUACUAUUUGUAAGAAUGCUACAAACCCUUCAUUCUGUUCAAAUCUCCUCAAUUCAAAUCCCAGUGAAAGUCGAGAUCUCGUUAACCUUGCACAAUACACCAUUGGUGUGAUUCAUAGCAAUGUGACAAACAUCAUUGACGAAAUCAACAACUUAAUUAAGCAAAGUGUUGGUAACUUUUCCGCAGAGGUACAUUAUAAAGCUUGUGCUGCAUCUGUUGAACAGAAAGGUGGUGCCCUUGGUGUGGUUCACGCUGUUCAAGACUUAUUAAAUAAGGGAGAUUACACAUUUCUGCAAUAUCUAAUGGAUUUCGUCCAAAUUCAAAUGUCGAUAUGCGUUUCAGGGAAUGCGCCGCGUGAUCCUCCUUUUGAUGACACCUCUUCCCUCCCAAAACAUGUCGAUGUUGCCAACAAGCUCCAAACAUCCGCCGACAUAACUCGAACAUGUCUUCGUAACCUGCAUUCACAAUAA